AUGGGUCAGAGGAACUCAAUCUCAAGACGAUACACCAAAAAGAAUAAUAAGCCUCUGACAUCAGCGAAUACACAGAAUGUCAUUAAUGCACUUUCAUCAUCACAGUGUAUAACGCCAACAACAACAUCUUCAACGUGCUUAUACCCAAGACAACCCUCCUCUACCAGCACAAUAACAUCAUCACAAAAAUAUCGAUAUAUUAAUGGACGACAAUUUCAUAAUGUGGCGGAUUCAGUAUACAUUCUUCCCAACGAUUAUGAAGAGUUGGAUCGUAUUUCAAUGCAGCACUUUUUAUACAAAGCUAUUUGGGAGGGAAACUUCAAAGCACCGAUUCACCGGAAAUUAAUGGCGGGUGAUCGCGAAGUCUUGGAUGUUGGCUGUGGACCUGGUCCAUGGGUAAUGGAGAUGGCAAUGACAUACCCGCUUUCGAAUUUCACCGGGAUUGAUAUAUCCCCAGUUCAGCCGCACGAGAUAAAACCGCGCAACUCUAAAUUUUACGAGAUGAAUGUUCUCAGUCUAUCGUUCAAAGACGGUGCAUUCGAUUUUUGUCAUCACCGAUCAAUGGCUCUUUGUUUUAGUAAAGCACAAUACGCAGAAAAAGUAAUACCAGAAUUAUUACGAGUUACGAAACAAGGUGGAAUAUUGGAAAUCAUGGAAGUAGAUUUGGUGUUUACGAAUCCUGGACCUUUGAUGAAAUCUAUGAUGAGUCCUUAUCAACAAUUUCUAGAGCAGCGCGGGAUGGAUUUAUAUCCCGGAGCUCGGAUCAAAGAAUACUUGGAAAAAAGUGGACAACUCAAAGAUAUAUCUUAUGAAGUUAUUGAAAUACCGAUGGGCUCUAGUCACGGGAAACUCGCCAAACUGAUGGCUGAUAAUUACGCGACAGCAAGCAAAGGACAAGGUUCUUUCUUUGCUCCAUUCUUAAAAAUGUCUAACGAGGAGCUCGAUAGCAUAGUAGAUAGGAUUUUUGAGGUUGAAGUUGAUGAGUAUAAUACAUGUGUCAAGGCUCAUAGGCCUCACCAACUACACAUAGCCGGACGUCUGUACAUCCAAUUUCCUGAAGUGGAACCUCUGAAAGCUAAGCUAAUUGAAGUGUCCAUUGGACAUAAUAAGAUCUUAAAACUCGUAGUAUAUACGAUGCCAACACCAAAACAUAUCCAACCUAAUAAUGCAACGUCGAAAAUAAAAUUGUACGAAAAGAUUACGAGUAUGAAUCUUCCAUUCCAGCUCCUGUUACCUGAUGAUUUGCCACUGUCAAUGAAUUUGGAGAUUGGACGCAUAUACUAUAAUUUAAACAUUAAAAUUGAAAGGAAACGUAAUUUGUGGAAAUUCCAAGGUUCAAAGAUGUCGGUUACAUACAUGUGUCUGAUUACACGAUAUAGUCCGAUGCCAAUGCCGGCACCUGUUCGGUGGACCGAAUGGGAUGAUCCAAAAGCUUGGAAACGUGGAUUAGGUUACGAUAUCUCAAUGAAUUAUCAUACAUAUGGACCUGGGAAUCCUAUUAUCGUGAAAUUGGCUCUUAAAUUCUUAAAACUGGAUUUAAAAGUAAAAGAAGAAAGAAGGAUAUUAGGAAACCAGUUUCCAGAAAUUUGGGAUGCUCGUAAUGAAUGGUCAUAUGCUUUGAAAAUUGAUGCGUUAGAGGGUGAAGUUAAUUGGACUACUGAAAGACAUCAUAUAAUAUUAAUGUGUAUCAUAAAGUUAAGAUUAGGUUUGGAAUUUUUGGACCAAAAAAUGUUAAUUUGGAAAGAAAGUCAAUAUUGA